AUGACGCCCCUAGGCCUCAACGCUGAGACCACCCUGGUUGUUGUCAUCUCCAAGACUUUCACUACGGCAGAGACUAUGCUGAACGCGCGCACCGUCAAAGACUGGCUACUGAAGGAGCUGAAGAGCGAAGAGGCCAUCGCAAAGCAUGUUAUCGCGUGUUCCACCGCCUUAGACAAGACCAAGGCCUUUGGCAUUGAUUCGGCCAAUGUCUUCGGCUUUUGGGAUUGGGUGGGUGGCCGCUUCUCAGUGUGCAGUGCUGUGGGCGUUGUCCCGCUCUCGCUGCAGUAUGGCUUCGACGUUGUCCAGAAGUUCCUGUCCGGCGCGCGGGCGAUGGACCUCCACUUUCGAGACGCGCCUCUCGAGAAGAACUUGCCUUCGAUUUUGGGCCUCCUCUCUGUCUGGAACGCAUCAUGCCUUGGCUAUGAGGGUUGCGCGGUGCUACCGUACUGCCAAGCCUUAGUGCGCUUCGUGGCUCACAUCCAGCAGCUGGAUAUGGAGAGCAACGGCAAGCGUGUGCAGAUGGACGGCACGGAUUGCACGGUACCGACGGGUGCCAUCUACUUCGGUGAGCCCGGUACUAACGGCCAGCACUCCUUCUACCAGCUCAUGCAUCAAGGCCGCGUCAUUCCUGCCGACUUUAUUGGAUUCAAGGUGUCUCAGAACCCCAUCAGCUUGGAUGGAGAGCCGGUAUCUAAUCAUGACGAGCUGAUGUCCAACUUCUUUGCGCAGCCGGAUGCACUUGCGCUGGGAAAGACCGCUGAGGAGCUCAAGGCUGAUGGGGUCCCAGAGAAGCUGAUUCCGCACAAAGUCUUCACAGGAGAUCGACCCUCGAACUCUUUGCUGCUGCCGAUGUGCGAUCCGUAUAACUUAGGGUUGCUGCUGGCCUUGUACGAGCAUCGCACCGCUGUGCAGGGUUGGGUCUGGAACGUCAACUCCUUUGACCAGUGGGGCGUCGAGCUGGGUAAGGUGCUGGGCGUGAAAGUUCGCAAAUACCUCUCCGAAGCGAGGAAAGGUGGUGGUGACGCCUCAGGAUUCCAGAAGCCCACGCAGAAGCUUUUGUCAGCGAUGCUGACGGCCCCCGUUUCUGGUGAUGACAGGAUCGUUGUCAUCCGAGCUCGUGAAAUCUACGAUUCGCGAGGGAACCCAACUGUGGAGGUGGACCUUUGCACCGAGACUUCUCUGUUCCGCGCAGCUGUUCCCAGCGGUGCCUCCACCGGCAUCUACGAGGCCUUGGAGCUUCGAGAUGGGGACAAGACCCGACUCCUUGGCAAAGGCGUUCUGAGGGCAGUGGCGAACAUCAAUGACAUGAUCGCCCCAAAGCUCAUCGGCAUGAAAGUUACAGAUCAGGCAGCAAUCGACAAGCUGAUGGUGGAGGAGCUCGAUGGCUCCAAAAACGAGUGGGGCUGGUCCAAGUCGAAGCUGGGUGCCAACGCCAUCUUGGCAGUCGCCGCCUCAGUCAGCAUAAACUGGAAGGCUGAUGAAUACUGA